GUGGACACAUUUUACAUGGUGGAAAGGGACAGAGACAAUAUAGUUCUAUGUUAGUUUCAAUAUAGAUCUAUGGAGCAGUGGCUAGAACACACUGUGCCUUUGUGUCUGUGCGUGUAAGUGAGGAGAUCAACUAGGACUCAACUAGGAAACUUCUGAGAUCUGCCUGUUCUGUUUUUGUUUUUAUUUUUACUCCACUGCAAGAGGAAGACGUCGGGAUUUAGUGCAGGUUUCAGCUGGCCCGCUUGCUGAGUUGAAAUGGUCUUUAUUCCACACAGCUGCAUGACAGACACCUGCUAGGGAAGUGUGUAUGUGAGCGUGUUAUUUGGAAUACCAGGCUAAACACUUCAGGACUUUUUGCCGCAUGUAUGGAUGAGAAUUUGCUCAGUGGAGGAUGUUUAAGCGACGGGAUUAUGUUGAGCUCUACCAGCAGGACCAGGCAAAGUGGACACUGUUGAGGAAUGUCAACACAGUCUUCAAACAGACCACUCUGCUACCGGGGGACUAUGUGUGGUUGGACCUGAAGACAGGUCGGGAGUUCGAGGUCCCGAUCGGUGCGGUGGUGAAGCUCUGUGACUCGGGGCAAAUCCAGGUUCUGGAUGAUGAGGGCAAUGAACACUGGAUCUCCCCCCAAAAUGCCACAAACAUUAAGCCAAUGCACCCCACCUCUAUCCAUGGCGUGGAGGACAUGAUUCGCCUGGGAGACCUGAAUGAGGCUGGGAUUCUCCGCAACCUGCUCAUCCGCUACCGAGAACACCUCAUUUAUACUAAUUGUGGAGGCAGGACAUACACAGGGUCAAUACUGGUGGCAGUGAACCCAUACCAGCUGCUGCCCAUCUACACAGCUGACCAGAUUCGCCUCUACACCAACAAGAAGAUUGGAGAGAUGCCUCCUCACAUCUUUGCCAUUGCUGACAACUGUUACUUUAACAUGCAGAGGAAUAACAAGGACCAGUGCUGCAUCAUCAGUGGUGAGUCUGGAGCAGGGAAAACGGAGAGCACCAAGUUGAUCCUGCAGUUUCUGGCUGCCAUCAGUGGGCAGCACUCCUGGAUCGAACAGCAGGUGUUGGAAGCCAACCCUAUCCUUGAGGCCUUUGGGAACGCCAAGACCAUCCGUAAUGACAACUCAAGCCGAUUUGGGAAGUACAUAGAUAUCCAUUUUAACAAGAGAGGAGCGAUAGAAGGAGCCAAAAUUGAACAAUAUCUGCUGGAGAAGUCCCGAGUGUGUCGACAGGCCCAGGAUGAGAGGAACUACCAUAUUUUUUACUGUAUGCUAAAAGGCAUGACUCCAGACCAGAAGAAGAAACUUGGCCUGGGCAAAGCAACAGAUUACACCUACCUCACUAUUGGAAAGUGCACUGUGUGUGAUGGCCGUGAUGACCAGAAGGAGUACUCCAACAUCCGUUCAGCCAUGAAGGUGCUCAUGUUUACAGACACGGAGAACUGGGAGAUCUCUAAACUGUUAGCCUCCAUUCUGCAUAUGGGCAACCUCAAAUAUGAAGCCCGCACAUAUGAUAACCUGGACGCCUGUGAGGUGGUGCGAUCUGCUGAGCUUUCCAUUGCUGCAAAGUUGUUAGAGGUUGACUCUAAGGACUUAAUGAACUGCCUGACCAGUCGCACAAUCAUCACUCGGGGAGAGACAGUGUCCACUCCUCUGAGCAUGGAGCAGGCCUUGGAUGUUCGGGAUGCUUUUGUGAAGGGAAUAUAUGGACGCCUAUUUGUGUGGAUUGUUGAAAAGAUUAACGCAGCCAUCUACAAGCCUCCGUCUCAUGAGCCUAAAGCCGUGCGCAGGUCCAUCGGCCUGCUGGACAUCUUUGGCUUUGAGAAUUUUACAGUCAACAGCUUUGAGCAGCUUUGCAUCAACUUUGCCAAUGAAAACCUGCAACAGUUCUUUGUGCGACAUGUCUUCAAGCUGGAGCAGGAGGAGUACAACCUGGAGAACAUCAACUGGCAACACAUCGAGUUCACUGACAACCAGGAUGCGCUGGACAUGAUCGCCAUCAAACCCAUGAACAUCAUCUCACUCAUCGACGAGGAGAGCAAAUUCCCCAAGGGCACGGACACCACCAUGCUGAACAAACUAAACUCUCAACACAAGCUCAACACCAACUACAUCCCACCCAAGAACAGCUACGAGACGCAGUUCGGCAUCCAGCACUUCGCCGGCAUCGUCUACUAUGAGACCAGAGGUUUUCUAGAGAAGAACAGAGACACCCUUCAUGGUGACAUCAUUCAGCUGGUUCACUCGUCCAAGAACAAGUUCAUCAAGCAGAUCUUUCAAGCUGAUGUUGCGAUGUUUCUGUGUGGCUCCGUGCACAGUGCCACUCCUCCUCCCAAGGGGGCGGAGACGAGAAAGCGUUCCCCAACUCUGAGCAGUCAGUUUAAACGCUCUCUGGAGCUGCUGAUGCGCACACUGAGUGUGUGUCAGCCCUUCUUCGUCCGCUGCAUCAAGCCCAAUGAGUACAAGAAGCCCAUGCUCUUUGACAGGGAGCUGUGUGUGAGACAGCUCCGCUACUCAGGAAUGAUGGAAACAAUUCGGAUCCGGCGAGCUGGAUACCCCAUCCGCUACACUUUUGUGGAGUUUGUGGAUCGGUAUCGUGUCCUCAUGCCUGGAGUGAAGCCUUCCUACAAACAGGAGGACCUGAGAGGGACCUGCCAGAGAAUUGCUGAGGCUGUCCUUGGCAGAGACGAUGACUGGCAGAUGGGAAAGACCAAGAUCUUCCUGAAGGACCAUCAUGAUAUGCUUUUGGAGAUUGAGAGAGACAAAGCCAUCACUGACAAGGUCAUUCUUAUUCAGAAAGUCGUCCGAGGUUUCAAAGACAGGUCUAACUUCCUGAAAAUUAAGAAAUCAGCUCUUACUAUCCAGAAGACUUGGAGGGGUUACUUCUGUCGGAAGAACUACGGGGCGAUGCGUGCCGGUUUCUCACGGCUCCAGGCCCUGUACCGCUCCAGGAAGCUCUACCAGACGUACCAUGUGACCCGGCAGAGGAUGACCCUGUUCCAGGCUCGCUGUAGAGGCUGCAUGGUGCGCCGGGCCUUCAGACACCGGCUCUGGGCCGUCAUCACCAUCCAGGCCUAUACUAGGGGCAUGAUCGCUCGCCGUUUAUACCACCGACUCAAAGGAGAGUACAAGCGGCGGCUGGAUGCAGAGAAGAUGCGCUUGGCUGAGGAGGAGAAGCUCAGGUACCAGAUGAGUGCUAAGCGGGCCAAAGCUGAGGCCGAGCGCAAGCACCAGGAGCGACUGGCCCAGCUGGCACGAGAGGACGCAGAGAGGGAGAAGAAGGAGAAGGAGGAGGCACGCAGAAAGAAGGAGAUGCUGGAGCAAAUGGAGAGAGCUCGUCAUGAGCCCGUCAAUGACUCCGACAUGGUGGAUAAGAUGUUCGGCUUCCUGGGAACCACAAACUCUUUUCCUGGGCAGGAGGGCCAGGCGCCAGCUGGGUUUGAGGACCUGGAGCGUACUCAGAAGAAUCUGGAAGAAGAUGAUCUGGAUGAAGCUCUUCCUCUCCCUGAGGAAGAGGAGGAGGAUCUGUCUGAAUAUAAGUUUGCCAAAUUCUCAGCCACCUACUUUCAGGGCACCAGCACUCACACGUACAUGCGCAGGCCGCUCAAGCAGCCCUUACUGUUUCAUGAGGAUGAGGGAGAUCAGCUGGCUGCACUAGCAGUGUGGAUCACAAUUCUGAGAUUCAUGGGUGAUCUCCCAGAACCAAAAUACCAUACAGCCAUUAGUGAUGGCAGUGAGAAAAUCCCUGUGAUGACCAAGAUCUAUGAGACGCUUGGCAAGAAGACCUACAAGAGGGAACUGCAGGCUCUGCAGGGAGAGGGAGAGAAUACCCACAUUGAGAGUCAUAAGAAGAACAGUGUGCGUCACAAGCUAGUGUCCCUCACCCUUAAGAAGAAGUCUAAGAUAACAGAGGAGGUGACCAAGCGUCUGAAUGAUGGCGAGUACACGGUGCACGGGAACAGCAUGCUUGAGGACCGACCCACAUCCAACCUGGAGAAACUUCACUUUAUCAUCGGCAAUGGCAUCCUCCGACCAGGACUCAGAGAUGAGAUCUACUGUCAGAUUUGUAAGCAGCUGAACCAGAACCCGUCGAAAAGCAGCCAUGCUCGAGGCUGGAUCCUCCUGUCCCUGUGUGUGGGCUGCUUUUCACCUACUGAGAAGUUUGUGAAGUAUCUGAGGAAUUUUAUCAGUGGAGGGCCUCCAGGAUAUGCACCGUACUGUGAGGAAAGGCUCAGGAGGACGUUUGUGAAUGGCACGAGAACACAGCCACCCUCCUGGCUCGAGCUGCAGGCAACUAAGUCUAAGAAACCCAUCAUGUUGCCUGUGACUUUCAUGGAUGGCACCACAAAAACACUGCUGACCGACUCCGCCACCACAGCCAAGGAGCUGUGUAACGCACUGGCAGACAAAAUCAGCCUCCGAGAUCGCUUCGGCUUCUCCCUGUACAUCGCCCUGUUCGACAAGGUUUCAUCUUUAGGCAGUGGUAAUGACCACGUGAUGGAUGCCGUGUCUCAGUGUGAACAGUAUGCUAAAGAGCAGGGUGCUCAGGAGCGAAACGCCCCCUGGAGGCUUUUCUUCAGGAAAGAGAUCUUCACACCCUGGCACGACCCCACUGAGGACGGAGUGGCUACCAACCUCAUCUACCAGCAGAUCGUACGCGGGGUCAAGUUCGGAGAAUACCGCUGUGACAGGGAUGAUCUAGCGGAACUUGCCUCUCAGCAGUACUAUGUGGACUACGGCUCUGAGAUCCUGGUUGAACGUCUCCUCAGCCUCAUUCCUUCCUACAUCCCAGACCGGGAAAUCAGCUCUGCCAAGUCAGUGGAGAAAUGGGCCCACUUUAUCAUGGCAGCCCACAAAAAGGGUAUUUACACACAGAAACGAGUCGACCCUCAGAAGGUCAGAGAGGAAGUGGUGGAUUUUGCUCGAUACAAAUGGCCAUUGUUAUUCUCAAGAUUCUAUGAAGCCUUUAAAUUUUCAGGACCCAGUUUGCCUAAAAAUGAUGUGAUUGUAGCAGUGAACUGGACUGGAGUUUAUUUUGUGGAUGAACAAGAGCAGGUUCUUUUAGAACUCUCAUUCCCAGAGAUCACUGCUGUCUCUAGCAGCAGGGGCGGGAAGCUCCAGGGCCAUAGCUUCACCUUGGCCACCAUUAAAGGGGAUGAAUACACCUUUACCUCCAACAACGCAGAGGACAUCCGAGACCUUGUGGUCACUUUCCUCGAGGGGCUCAGGAAGAGGUCGAAGUUUGUGGUAGCAAUACAGGAUAACCCAAAUCCAGUUGGCGAUGACUCGACAUUUCUGAGCUUUGCUAAAGGUGACCUGAUCCUGCUGGACCAGGACACAGGUGAGCAUGUCAUGACUUCCGGCUGGGCUCAUGGGAUCAACGACCGGACCAAGCAAAGAGGAGAUUUUCCAGCCGACUGUGUGUACGUGCUGCCCACCGUCACCAGACCUCAGCCAGACACUGUGGCUCUGGUUACCAUGACACCCGACCAGCGUCAGGAAUCGCUGCGUGUGUCGCAGGUCACUAUGCCUGAGAGUGUGGAGAGGGUGAAGCCAUACACACUGGAGGAGUUCUCUUAUGACUACUUCAGGCCCCCUCCUAAACACACGCUGAGUCGUGUGAUGAUCACUAAGAACCGUGGGAAGGACAAGCUGUGGUGCUGCACUCGGGAACCACUUAAACAGCCGCUGCUGAAGAAGGUCCUGGCUAACGAGGACCUAUCACAGGACGCCUGCAUGGCCUUCAUCGCCAUUAUGAAAUAUAUGGGUGAUUAUCCGUCCAAACGAACUCGCUCUGUGAACGAGCUCACGGAUCAGAUCUUUGAGGGAGCUCUGAAGGCAGAGCCUCUAAAAGAUGAGAUCUACUGUCAGAUUCUCAAACAGCUCACUGAGAAUCAUGUGAAGUACAGUGAGGAAAAGGGCUGGGAGCUGCUCUGGUUGUGCACUGGUCUCUUCCCUCCCAGUAAUGUCCUCCUGCCUCAUGUCCAGAGGUUCCUGCAAUCAAAGAAACACCAUCCACUCUCCCUGGACUGCAUGCAAAGAUUGCAGAAAGCCUUGCGGAAUGGCUCCAGGAAAUAUCCUCCUCACCUGGUUGAAGUGGAGGCUAUCCAGCACAAGACCACACAAAUCUUUCACAAAGUCUACUUCCCAGACGACACAGAUGAGGCUUUCGAGGUCGAGUCCAGCACGAAAGCAAAAGACUUUUGUCUAAACAUCUCUAGCAGGCUGUUGCUCAAGACCCCAGAUGGCUUCAGUCUGUUUGUAAAGAUCUCUGAUAAGGUGAUAAGUGUUCCAGAGGGUGAUUUCUUCUUUGAUUUUGUCCGCCAUCUUACUGACUGGAUCAAGAAAGCCAGACCUGCUAAAGAUGGUAUAGUGCCUUCACUGACCUACCAGGUGUUCUUCAUGAAGAAGUUAUGGACAAACACAAUCCCUGGAAAGGACUCUUUCGCAGACUCUAUUUUUCAUUACUACCAGGAGCUUCCUAAAUACCUUCGUGGUUACCACAAAUGCUCCAGAGAGGAAGUCUUUCAGCUGGCAGCUCUAAUCUACAGAGUCAAAUUCGAAGACGACAAAUCGUACUUUCCCAGCAUCCCCAAAAUGCUGAAAGAGCUGAUCCCUCAGGAUCUGAUUCGCCAGCUCUCUCCUGAUGACUGGAAAAGAUCGAUUGUGGCAUACUUCAACAAGCAAGCGGGCAAGUCGAGGGAAGAAGCCAAGCUGAUGUUUCUGAAGAUCAUUUUCAAGUGGGCUACUUUUGGAUCAGCUUUCUUUGAAGUGAAGCAAACUACUGAGCCAAAUUUUCCUGAAAUCCUGCUAAUAGCCAUCAACAAGCAUGGAGUCAGUCUCAUAGACCCCAAAACCAAGGAUAUUUUAACCACUCACCCCUUUACAAAGAUCUCCAACUGGAGCAGUGGAAACACCUACUUCCACAUCACCAUCGGCAACCUGGUGCGAGGAAGCAAGCUGCUCUGUGAAACGUCACUGGGCUACAAAAUGGAUGACCUGCUCACCUCCUACAUCAGCCAGAUGCUGACCACCAUGAGCAAGCAACGGAGCUCGCGUGGCCACAGCAGGUGAACGUCUUACUGGCGGGAGGCGGCUGAGCUGGUGCGCGUGCUCCGGGGUGUGGGUCAGCCAUGCAGCUGGAGCCGGACCUUCGCCUGGCAGCUGUGGAGGAUGAGCCGCAGUCCCUCUAACAGCUCGCAGGGCUCCGUUUACCCUGAUGAUGCCAUUUCAUCCCUCUCCAGCGAGGACGACUACCUCUGACUGGAUCCGGCUGGACUCUGUGGGUCAGAUCUGCUCACCUCCCGCCUCUCAAAUACUGAAUCUGACCCAGAAAGACAAACUAUGAUGCUGAGGCAUUGCAAGAUUACUGUUCUCUUGUGUAUGCAAGUGACCUGCAGGGGCUACCAGACUUCAGUACUUGUAUAUUGCUACACUUAUUACAAUUAAGUGAUAAAUAGUAAUUGUUUAUGUAUGUACAUGCUGACCAUAGUGAUGCAUUUAUUUGUAAAGAUUGUCCCAGAUAUUCAUCUCAUAAGAACAGUGUUUGUUACUUUCAGCUGAAGUUACAGUAAGUGCUGCUCUGCGAAAUAGCCAUCAGGCAUAAUGAUGAACUGUUCAUAUAGUAGCAGUAUUACUAUAGUCUUUGCAACAGCAGAAACAAACUCAAGCCCAGAGAAAAAGGCAUAAAAGCUAUAAUCUUGAGUUCUGAGUUCUCAGCAGUACCAUAUGUUUCAACAGUAAUUCACUCCUGAUGAAGCACACGCUACAGUCUGUUUAGAGGGGGGAAAAAAUCUACAUUGUACAGGGCAAAAAAGUGUACAAAAUGUCACUUUGGAGACCACUAAUUCAUAUGACAUCACACUUCCAUAUAUAACUGAGCACAGAAGUUUAUACACCCAUUGGUUUAUGGGUAAAUAAAGUAAAAUAUACUUAAACUUAAAAAAAGGAAUUGCAAGAAGUUAAAAGUGAAUGUGUGUGUAUCCUACAAGCCAACCUGAGAGGAUCUAAAAGCUGUUCACAGGAUAUGAAAGAGGUUGGAGGCAGUUCAAACAAGUUAUUAGAAAUCAUUUCUAUCACAUUUUGCAUGCAAAAUUUAAAACUGAUAAUAAUUAAAUUUUUCCACAGUGAAUAUCUCAGCAUAAACUAUUUGACAAACUUUUGUUUCUUGUGAUUUUGAAGGAGGCGUAGGAAAAUAAAUGGAUGUAAGUAUAGUAUGUAAAUGUUUUUAUAAGGUUUUGAUUUAAGGUUUUCAGCACUGGCAAUGUAAACUGAUUGGAACUCAAUUUUGUAUGAGCGAUUUUGAAAGCCUUAACUUUUUAUUUUUUUUUUUUUUGCUUGUCCAUAUUUAAGGUGUAUCUAUGUACAAUAUGUGUUUAUAGGUUUGAACAUUAACAUUUAAAAUGUAGAUUUUUUUUUGUUGUAGAUUUUCUUGGUUUUAAAUGUUUGUGAGUCUAAAAAAAUGAAAUGGUUUCAGAAGAAUCCCUUGUGUCUAUAGUACAGUCAUUGGCUGAGCAAAGGAUUUCUCAGUGACUAUAGACAGAGAGUCAUGUUCAAAUUACAAAUGAAGGUCACAGGGAAAGUUCCUCGUAUUCAGAGUCAGGUUACGCAGCUGCUUAAAUUGAUUUAAUGGAUGCCACAUUUAGAUCGAAAACCCCCCCUGUGAACAACAGUUCAUGCCCCCAGUGUUGCCAGGUCGUUGUUGAGUAGAAAUCUCGUCUAGACCACCGCCUUUAAACUCAAGCAUUUGCCCUUAAACCUGGAAAUCGAAAGGGAUCGAAACUGUAGACUGAAGAAGUAUUUUUUUUCUUUGCUGUUAAAUGUAAUACUGCUAACAUACUGCUGCAUGAAUAGUACUAGUAGUAAUCAUCACAUUAAUCACUGCAAAUUUGGUUCCAUUUAACAAUAUGGUUUCUACCCUCAUUAUUCACAGCUUAUAAAAUAGUACUUGAUCCAGCACAUCCUAUUAUUUUGCUAGAAGUGCAAUGGCAGAAAGCAUGAAGCUUAAGCAGGGAAAAAUGUUGUAUGUACUGUUGAGAUUAAAUACUGCUCUCACCUGUGUCAAUAUCACGCAACAAAAAUGGGCUUAAUCAGAAUCGCAUGCUUCUGAAUCAGAAUCGCAUGCUUCUGAAUCAGAAUCGCAUGCUUCUGAUUUUGACAAAAUCCAUGGUUAUGUUUGAUGCCUGAAUAUUGAAGUAUGCAAUGUCUAUAUUAAAUCCUCACGACAUGUGCAUAACUCAACUCUGAAUACACUAUUUUGAAAAUAUACUGUUACAUACGCAUAUUUACAGACAGGUCUAAUAAUACUUGUUCACCAUAAUACUCUGGUGAAGUCUUCUCUUGAUUGUUGACUUUGCUACAGAUAUGCCUAACUCCUGAACAGUGUUCAUGAUCUGGCUAUUGUUGCGAAGGGGUUUUUCUUCACCAGGGAAAUAAUUCUUCUGUCAUCUACCACAGUUGUUUUCUGUAGUCUUUAAAAUGCCACACUUAAAAUCAACACUGGCAAAUUAUGUAAACAAUUUGAAAUUAUGCACGUUUAAUUCAUAUUCUUUCUUAUAGAGCAUGUUGGAUUUACUUUACCCCUACGUGUUAAUUAAUACAUUAACUAAAAACAUACUAACACGUACUUAAAGUGGUCAUUAUUCACGCAUUAAUUCAUAAGACUCGCAUCGUAGUUAAGGUUAGUUCUUCAUUAGUUCCUGAUUAGUACAUGCCUUAACUCAUCAUUACUUAUCAUAUUUAAGUAAGUAUUAAUUCAGGAAUUAGUGCAUGAUUAUUCAUGUACUGUUAUCAUAAAGUGUUUCCACAAUUUGUAAGCAGAUAAAUCUUUUUAAUGCUAUUGCAGUUCAUUUAAUGAUCACAUACACAAUUUAUUUCCAGAUGCUCGAAACAUGAGACAAGACUUUAAACAAACCACCCUACUUUUCGGAGAUGUUAAAAUCAUAACUACAUUUACGCAGAUAUACAAAUGGACAGAUACACAUACACAGAGCAGGAGCAUGGUGUGCUACAACUCAUGGCCUUAUUCCAAAAUAAGCAUCUUUGCAAGGGUGCAGGUUGGAGUGUGGACCUACUUUCUGAAGGCCAGAACUUUUUUUUUGUAUCUGGCUUAACACACUUUCGAAGCUUGAGCUUUAUGUUUACAUGGAAGCUGUACACAGGAGAGUGUUUUUGUCCUUGUUUUUAUAGUGCUGUAUCUUUUUUUAUACCACUGCACUGAAAGAAAUUGGCUGGCAGGUGUACAUUCAUUUCUGUUUCUAAAGUAAAGUAAAUCCAGUCAAAAAUGAAUCACAGCUCUAAGUCUAUUAUAGUGAGAGGUGGAAAGAGUACAAAACGCACUGACUUAAAGUACUGAAGUAAAAAGAAGUGCUACUGGAGUAAUAACUCACUUGAGUAAAAGUCAUAAUGAUCAAGAACACUUUGCAGGUAAGAGUAAAUAAGAUGUCUGGUGAAAAACUAGUUGAGUUACUUUACAAAUGACUUUUUCAUAUUUUUCAAUUGACACAACUAAUCCGAAAAUGUUCUAUUUUCUAUUCUGUUCUUGUGUCAACUAACAACUUGAGCUAAACUGAAGUAAACACCACCUUGAUUGUCUAUAUAAAGAAUGGCAUAAUUAGCUGGCUAGCUAAAUUAGCCAAAUGCUGUCGGGUUUUCAGGUUUGUUAGCUAACAAGCUCAUUUUAAUUCAUAAGGCUGAAGCAGAUACUGUAUAUUUAACACAACAGGUGAUCGCUACCAAACAUCAGUGUCAUCUGAAGUUUCCUGUACGUUUCCGCAGGCUGGAUGUUGAGUUGUGAAAUGCAGAUUUGCAGGUUUUGGCAGAUUUGCAGAUCAUUAUCACAUUGUUUCCUUUAAAGCACUGAAAAAUGAAAAUACCUGAUAGGUUAGGCCAGGGAUGUUCAUCUGUCUCCACUGUCUCAGACGUUGCUGCGCCUCACUAAAGCAUUUAAUGCCUGAAAUGUAGACUUCAAUCAGGAUUUAAAAUUUAUUUAAAAAUUGCCCAUACUGUCUUUUAAUUGGCUUACACUCUUCUGGGGUUAAAUGCAUUAUUAUUUUUUUGACCCUGUAAUUGGUGAUCAAAAAUAAAUGUUGCCAAGUUGAAUAUUUUAUUUUUUAAAAACUCAUGUAAAAGUUCUAUGAUUUAAUUAUACUCGAAAAGUACAGUAACAGUAAACUAUGUAUUCAAGUACUGUAACAAGUACAUGUAGUUUGUUACUUUUUUCUGAUUAUAUUUCAAUGUAUUAUGUUACUAUAUUGGACUGUAACCAUGACAACAAGCACAAACUGUCAGUUUGUAAAGCUUCAAGAAGGAAUAUUGUGCAUGUUAAAUAUGUAAAGAAUAAAACAUAAGACGUGCUGUUAUAGGAAAAUAUCAUCUCUGUGAAGUGGAGUAAUUUCCUAUAACAGCAUGUCCUGAAGUGUUUUAUUCCUCUUAUACUGCAGCAGUGAUUACAUUUUUUAUUUAUUAAAGAAAAACACAUCAUACAUUUUUUC